AAAAAAAAUCGAGUUAGGGUUUAUUCUCUAGCCACCGCUCACCACUCUCUCUCGCUCUUAGGGUUUGCUUUCUUCUGUAUGAACGAUUCUCUAUUUGGCAGUCCAGCCCUCAAUUCCGCUAUGGAUCUAACGAAGAAGCGGAAGACAGAAGAUAAUGGAGCCGCCUAUCCCAUACCUAACGAUACCACGGGAGGCACCGAGGUUGCUGGUCCCACUCCGCCGCUUGGCAUUCUCAGCCUAGAUGACGCCAAUAGGAUACUCGAGCCCUUCUCGAAAGACCAACUCAUCUCUGUCUUGCGAAACGCCGUGCUCCGACAUCCGGAUAUCCUUGAAGCCGUGCGAGCCGUAGCCGAUGCGGAUACCACGCAGCGUAAGCUCUUUGUUCGUGGGCUAGGAUGGGAGACCACCACAGAGAAGCUCCGCCAGGUAUUUACUGCUUAUGGAGAGCUUGACGAGGCUAUCGUGAUUACUGAUAAGAACACGGGAAAGUCAAAAGGUUAUGGAUUUGUUACCUUUAAACAUAUUGAUGCCGCUAUUAUGGCACUGAAGGAGACUAAUAAGAAAAUUGACGGUCGUAUUACGGUCACACAGCUGGCUGCCGCUGGGAAUUCAGGCAAUUCACAAUCUGCAGAUGUUGCUCUUAGAAAAAUAUAUGUGGGGAAUGUGCCAUUUGAAAUCACAUCAGAGAGGCUUUUGAAUUUCUUUUCUACUUUUGGGGAAAUUGAGGAAGGCCCAUUAGGUUUUGAUAAGCAGACUGGUAAGGCAAAAGGGUUUGCAUUCUUUGUCUACAAGACUGAGGAGGGGGCUAGAGGAUCACUGCUCGAGCCAACAAAGAUGAUUGACGGGAAUCAGGUUGUGUGUAAACUGGCUACCGAUAACAAGAAGGGAAAGCAGCCAAAUAUGGGACCUGCUGGUGGCCCUGGAAUUCAAAGUACUGGAGGACCUGGAAUGCCCGGGGAUGAUAGAAUGGGUCAUGGAUCUAUGCCUGGACCAAACUAUGGAGUGCAUGGAACUGGAAUGGGCCCAUAUCCAGGUUAUUCCGGAGGGCCUGUUCCAGGAAUGCAACAAGCGCAGCCACAGCCUGGAAUGAUGCAUCAAAACCCAUUGAAUUCAAGUAUGGGUGGACCUGCUGGGCCAGGGUAUGUGAACCAAGGGCAAGGGCUGUAUGGUGGUGCAAGUAGCUAUUCAGGCAAUGGUGGAUACGGUGGUGGUGUUUCAGGGGAUUAUGGCGGUGGUGUGGCCGGUGCUCCAGGUUCUAAUAUGUACAGGGCUCCACCAAGCUCUGCUGGGAUGCCUAGUUCUGGAGGGUACCCUGAUAGUGGUAAUUAUGGGUAUCCCCCACAGAUGCCACAACCUGGAACAGGACCUAGGGUCCUUGCCGGUGGCAUGUAUCAAGGCAUGCCUCCCCCAUACUACUGAGGUGUUUGAGAGCCUCUUGGGAGCACAUGCUUUAUAUGGUUAUGGUGAUUUCCUGAUUGCAGACUCUGAAUUCUUACGUGAUAAAUGGACUGCUCUACAAUCUGUUGCUGCUUCACCUUUCUAUCUGCUCCUAUAAGUUGUGGACUCUGUGGAUUCUAGUUAAAUGUUUGCUAGCAUUAAGUUAGGUGUUACUUUGAAGAGCUUUUGUGUAUCUGGUGUUGAACAAUUUGUUGGAUUUUUCAUACCCAGUUUUGUUACUCAUAAUUAAGUGCUAUUUGUACUUGUAUGUUUUUCUGUUUAUCUUGCCAGUGAUUUUCGGUAUAAUAAUUGACUGUCCUGUUCUCCUUUGAGCUUCCCUGUUAUUUGCUUGGUGUGGAUAUUCCUCUUCCAUUUAGUUGACAAACUGGUAAUUGUUUUUGUUUUGUGUAGUCACUUGCACUGUCAGUCAUUCGAUUAUACAUUUAUACCAUGAGGCAUAAUCAAAAUUGGGAAACAAGGGCUUGUGUAGGGGAUGAAUUUAUGGAUCUUUGUAUGAUUCUUGGAAAUGAGUCAACAUGCGGCAUUCUCUCUUGUACUACCAUCUGUUAGUGUCAAACUUAGUGAAUUGUUUAGCAUGUAAGUUGGUAUAUGAGCAUAGUGUGAUCACUUGAAGGAUUAUGGUUUUGAAGCACUUUUAUUUUUUGUGUGCGUUGCUCUGUGAGAUGAGGUUGUAGUAAAGAUAGCAAAUGGAAGAGAUCCGGGUGUACAGCUAGCUUAUGGACAUGGCAGUGGAAUUUUCAACUUGCUCUAAACCUGUUCUUGAGAUGCUGAAGUAUUUCGGGAACUUUGCAUGAGAAGCUUGCUGUUUGCUAAUUGGGAUGGUUCAGUGUACAUAAUGACAACUCAUAAAUGUCGCUCAUAGCCUGUAGUAUCUGAUAUGUAUACACCUUGAAUUGAGUGAGCCGUUAUUAGAACAUACAGUAGUGCAGUGUUACUCCCUUACACGGGAGUGGGUCUCUCAGUCUCUGCCUCUCUGGUAGUGCCCAAAACAAAAUAUCUUGUCCUAAAUCCUCGUAAUCCCUAACAAAAAAUGGUACACCGGCAAUCCGGCAAUUUGUAAAAUUUCGAUUUCUGUAGAUCCAAUACUGUUU